AUGAAUGUUGCCGGAGUCAAAGGGAACAAUGGCAAUCACGCAGAUUUGGAAGAAGUCAGGGAGAUUACUGAUUUGCUGGCAUUUUGUGGAUGCCGAAAGGGUUCACAGGAUCAUCAGACAUACCAUGAUUUGUUUGUGACAAGCGUGGGGAACGAAACUGUCGGAGAAAGACCGCAUAGUUUCAUGUACACGCCUGUCUAUCGUGAACUCGGAAAUUAUAGCUCUCCAAUGGUAGGAUUAAUUCUCUCUACAUUUGCGUUCGAUCGCUACAUGGCAGACUUGCUUCCUGACAAAGUCAGCGGAAUAUAUGCUGUGCUGGUGAAUUCUUGCGGAGAUUCACAUACGUAUGAGUUGACGGGUAGCCGCGCCAUCUAUUUAGGCAGUGGAGAGCUAUAUGAGCAAGCGUAUGCCAACCUUGAGGUCACGGUGCCUUUUUCUGCAUACAAACGUCCGAGGCUGCAAGCAGCAUCGAAGGACACUGCUUGUUUCAGCUUCGUUUAUAUCCGGGGAGCUCGUUUGUCGAAGGUUAUCGAACCAAUCAACCAACAAUCUUUGCAACAGCUAUCGCUGUUACUAUUCAAGACGAAACCGAUCGCUGAGCUUUUCCCAGAGACCACGAUAAUGUUUGCAGAUAUUGCAGGUUUUACCGCCUGGAGUUCCAGUCGAGAACCAGCUCAAGUUUGCAUGCUUCUUGAAACCCUUUACCACGCCUUUGAUGAUGUUGCCAAGAAGCGACGCGUAUUUAAGGUAGAAACUGUUGGUGACUGUUACGUAGCCGUCUCAGGACUGCCCGACCCUCGCAAGGACCACGCUGUGGUCAUGGCGCGCUUUGCCAAGGACUGUAUGCAUAGAAUGCACUUUCUCACGAAAAGGCUGGAAGUCUCCCUUGGUCCCGACACUGCAGAGUUGUCACUACGAAUCGGGUUGCACAGUGGACCAGUCACUGCUGGUGUACUCCGUGGUGAACGAUCUCGCUUUCAGCUAUUUGGCGACACAAUGAACACAGCAUCUCGCCUAGAAUCGACUGGUCUUCGAGAUCGAAUUCAAAUUUCUCAAGAUACGGCCAAUAUCCUUAUUCGAGCAGGGAAAGCGGAAUGGUUCAAACCUCGCGACGAUGUUGUCGUGGCGAAGGGUAAAGGUGAAAUUAAAACGUAUUGGCUCUCCGUUGGAGAAAAAGGCAACGGAACGUCUGCAACAGAGUCAACGCAUAACAGUGAAGAUGGUGGUUUUAAUUCCCUUGCACAAACUCUCGGUGGUAGCGACAUCGACGGCGCAGGAUCGGGUCAUCAAAUUUAUCGACUUGCUUCCGAGAAGGCAACUAGGCUGAUUGACUGGAACGUUGAUAUCCUUGCUAGACUUCUAAAACAAAAAAUGGCUAGUCGCAAAAUGUCAGUAUUUCGAAGUGGAGCUGUGCAUUCUUCUGUGCAUGAGGCGAAUAUAGUCGGCACUGUGCUCGACGAGGUGAAGGAAACGAUAAAUUUGCCUGCCUUUGAUAUCAGAUCCGUCAAACACCAACAGGAUCCUGAUGCUAUUGAGCUCGCACCAGCAGCUACGUAUCAGCUUCGCGAAUACGUGUCAAAUGUCGCAGCAAUGUAUAAAGACAACUCGUUCCAUAACUUCGAACAUGCGUCGCACGUAACAAUGUCCGUGGUCAAGCUCCUAUCGCGUAUCGUGGCGCCAGCGGACGUUGUUGUUCAGAACGAAGGUCAGAAGAAAGCAAUCUUUGCGUCCAAGCUUCACGAUCACACAUACGGCAUCACUUCCGAUCCACUGACGCAGUUUGCUUGCGUUUUCUCGGCACUCAUUCACGAUAUCGACCAUAGCGGUGUACCCAACACACAACUGAUAAAGGAGGGCUCAAAGAUCGCAACAUUCUACAAGAACAAGAGCGUAGCCGAACAGAACUCGGUCGACUUAGCCUGGGAUCUUCUAAUGGAUUCCACUUUCGAAGAUCUUCGGAAUUUAAUAUUUUCCACUCAGGACGAAAAAGACCGUUUCCGGCAGCUCGUCGUCAAUUCUGUUAUGGCUACGGAUAUUAUGGACAAGGAUCUAAAGCAGCUGCGCAACGCUCGUUGGGAACAGGCUUUCUCACGGGAUCAUUUAGAAGAAAACAGUCGAGAGAAUACUAACCGAAAGGCGACGAUUGUGAUUGAGCAUUUGAUCCAAACAUCAGAUGUGGCUCAUACGAUGCAGCACUGGCAUAUUUACCGCAAGUGGAACGAGAAGCUGUUUGUGGAAAUGUACAAUGCCUUCGAAAACGGUAGAGCCGAUAAGAAUCCAGCGGAUUUUUGGUACAAGGGCGAGCUUGGACUUUUCGACUUCUAUAUUAUUCCUUUGGCGAAGAAGCUGAAGGAUUGCGGUGUGUUUGGUGUUUCAAGUGACGAGUAUCUCAACUACGCCAUGCGAAAUAGACAGGAAUGGGAAGACCGUGGCCAGCAAGUCGUCCGCGAAAUGAUGGCCGCGAUAGGGAUCAACCGUGAAUGA